AUGCUUUCAGGAAGGCUGCCCGAUGGAAAACCUCCUUCCUACUUUCUUAGUGCUAGAUCCGUCCUGAGCAUGCUUGGCAUCGCCAACAUUACCAAUCAGAGUCAGAUUCCUUUACCAAAGCGGGACGGCUGUAGUCUUGUGUUUCCAGGACUUGGGACUGCUACCAAUUUGAAACAAAGGGCUAGAAAGAAGACAGUAACCGCGUACCCGGGAAAAGUGACUUACUUGAAUGGGAAGCUAUCCUAUAACACUAACAAGCGGGGACAGAGAAGGAUAACCUCUUUGAAAAGGACAGAGCCGCUUGGUCGCUACUUACACAUCUGGAGUUCCGGAUUGAACUACGGAACGGAAUUCAAGGGCUGGGCUUCUCCGCCCCUUAGAUAG